AUGCUAUAAAAUAUAGCGCAAAAAAGAGAGCAAUUUAUUAUUGGACUCAAAAAAAAGGCUAGGGAAGACACUUUCAGAAAAAAUCGGUUCCCCCAAUCUAAAGACAUCAUUCCAUUCGCUUAAAACAACAUCGUCAUACAAUAACAGUAUUACGAGGCAUUCGAAAGAGGCAAUUAGCAGGUAACUAAGUUGAUAAUUUGAGAAAAUAAACUUCAUAAAUGAGAAUAUUGAGAUGGAUGAAACAAUAGCUGACUGCAUUUUCAAAGUUUAGCAAUUAAGCAAUCAUUAUAACGAAUAUGAUUGCGAACCUGAUUAUGACACUGCCAAAGAUGUAGAACGAAUAUUCAAAGUUUUUAACAUUGGUUAUCCUUAAAUUGAUGUAGAUAUCACUAUUAAUUUUAGAAAUCGUGCUUACACAUAUUGUUGGCUAUUUCUGCAGGGAAUCAUUAACAAGUUCAACCCAUUCAUGAACAUAUACAAAUUCUUGCUGGCUAUUACAAUUCAACUUACUAUACAGAAUUAUAAUAGUACAUAUUGGAUAUCUUUGCAAAUCUGGCUUGUGAUUGUUACCAAUGUAGAGAUUUGAUUUUAGUACUCUAAGUGCCAAAAUGUUUAUGGUACAUUAUAUAAUCAAUAGAAGGAAUUAUACACUCUAGUGUAAAUAGAAAUGCCUAUUUGAUGACUUUUAUUCUUUGAUUAUAAAUUUGGAUAGAAUGAAACCAGAAAUUAACAAAUUUAAAUUAAUAGAGUUGCAUGAUAUAUUAUAGGAUCUCUUCAUUUAACUCUAUAAUGCCAAAGAGAAAUUAUGGAUUCUCAAGUUAUUAAACAGAAUCUAUUCCUACGAUAAAUCAAAAUUAGAUUUGAGUUUUUUAAAUUAUCUAUUGAAAGGUGAUUACGACAACAUUUAAUUGUUUGGAGAAAUGUUUAAAUACUUUUAAUAUGUGUCCUUAUUAGGUAAAUAUUUGUAUUCAAACAAUAGAUAAUGAAAUUACUUUAAAUUUUCAAUCUUAAAUGGCACAUACUAUAAUAAAGACUAUCAAUAAGUAUUUGGAAUAGUAAAAUAUUUAAAGAGGAGAUUUAAAACUUUUGGUAAAAAAGGGAUUUGCCACUUUAAGUAACUUUAUUACAGAUGAUCCAUAAAUUAUUAAUGAAUUUUGGGAAGAAACCCUUGUAUUCUUUUAAAAUGUCCCUUCUAUAUUUUUAGAGGUAGAUGACUUCUUUUUGUUUCUCCAUAACGUUAUCAAAUUUUCUAAAUGUGAGGAUGUUAAAAAAUUGAAUAAUGAUUAUAAAUUGAUGAAGCAAAUAACCUAAGAAUUAAAUGAUUAUAGUGAAGAAAGAGGUAAUUAAUUUUUAUAUGAUAUUCUUUCCAUCUUAUACAGAAUGAUUAGUAUAGAUUAGGUCAAUGUGAAAAUAUUUAAUGAAGAAGAUUGUGAAUCAAGGAUUUUGUUUGUUUAAAAAAUGAAAAUCUCAGAUGAAAAUUAUGAAUUAGCGAAUAUGAUUUUGGAUAAGCUUGAUUAAUGA